AUGGGAGGUGUGGACAGGGCUGACCAGCUUCCGUCUUACUACAUGUACACUUGUUCAAGGAAGUCUCAGAAGUGGUGGAAGAAGCUGAUGUAUUUCCUCGUCGAUGUAUGCAGAGUGAAUGCCUGGCUGUCACAUGUCCACCAUCAUCCUGCCACCCACAUCGCAUCUUCAUCUGCAUCUGAGGAUGACCUGGAACGGCCUGAGAUGCAGAGUGGCACCAUCAGCCACUCCAAGUUCAUCAUGGAGGUACCCAAGGGGCUGAUCGAUGGGUACUCUAAAGGCAGCGCUCCUCGCCAGUCAAGAACCCAACCACUGUCUUCACACAGCGCUCCACUCCACCAGAGACAACGCAUGCCUGGGAAGUACGCGAAGCAGUGCAGGUGGUGCCUGCGCACCAAGAAGAAGUCAACCAAGCGAGUGCCAAAGACGCGCCAUGGCUGCCUCUCCUGCAAUGUCAACUUGUGUGAAGGCAGAUGCUUUCAGAUGUUCCACGGCGCUCAUCAGUAA